AUGGGAUCAAUGCCCUCCCCAAAACGCGUGCUGCUGCUCACAAACUCCGAACAUGGCCAAGCUAAUGUCUUCCUCGCCACCAGCUACGCUCUCCUUACGCUGCAGGACGAGGACGUCGAGGUUAACUUUGCUUCGUUCGCGCCAAUACAGAAGUUUGUCGCCGCCACUUCACAGCAUGCGACACAAGACCACCCCCGGGCGAGGCCCGUUAUCUUCCAUCCCAUCGACGGCGUUGACAUGGUCUCCGCUUGGUCGCGGCCAGAGAUAAAAGCUGAGCAGGAACGCCUGAAGACCCCAGGCUGGCUUAGACUUGUCGACGCCGUGCGGAGGACGAUGCUAUUGCUCAGGGUCACGCUUCCAUGGACCGGCCCCGAAUUUGUCCGGGUCUUGUGGUCCGUUGUUGAGAUCGUGCACCAUGUGCAGCCCGAUAUGAUUGCUGUCGACCCAGCAUUCUCGCCUGCCCUGACCGCGCUCCGUUAUAUCGGAGCCAAGUUCGUCAUUCUUUCGCCCAACACCAUCAAGGACUUUGCGAUGCCUUUGCAGCCCAACGGAGAGGCCUUGUGGAAGUACCCCUGGUAUGUUGAGUUCCCGCUUCGCGUCAUACCCGAUCACAUCAUACCCUGCGGGCCCAUGAUCCGCCCCGCCAAACCCGUGGCGACAGCCGACCCGGCCCUCGCGAAAUGGCUGGCAAGGGGACCGACGCUGUACAUCAACCUAGGCACACACAUGCGAUUCAGGGAGGAGUUCGCGACUGAGAUGGCGACGGCCAUCCGAAUCAUCAUUGACCAUGCCCGGUCAGUACUGUGGCUUUUGACGCCGGGAUCUGCGGUGCACAAAAUCCUAGGGCGAGACAUCGAAAAGGAUAAUGUACGCAUUGUGGACUGGAUCGAGGCAGAGCCGACUGCCGUGUUGGAGACUGGGUCAGUAAUAUGUGUUGUCCAUCACGGAGGAGCCAACUCGUUCUUAGAGACGCUGUGUGCCGGCAUACCGCAAGUUGUUCUUCCGGUCUGGAUGGAUACAUAUGAUUUUGCUCGGAGGGCCGAGAUCCUGGGAAUCGGACGCUGGGGUAACCGUACAGCAAACAAGAUGUGCAAGGGGGGCGAGUUGGGCUCAAUCUUGAUUGAUGUGAUGCUCGGCGGCAGAUCAUCAUACUACACAAAGAAGGCAAAAGAGUUGGCAGACAUAUGCAACAGAUCCGGUGGAGGUCGGGUGUUUGCUGCGAGACGGAUUCUGGCAGAGAUCGAAGACACUGACGUUGGCCGCCAGUCUGACACAGUUGGGGAGAAAAAGUCGCUCGUCAAUGGAAAUGGGCACUGCUGA